AUGGGGAACGCAUGUGCAGGACCAACUAAUGCUGGUGGUGCCAAUGGAUUUAUUCAAUCUGUCACACAGGCGGUCUGGCGGCAAAGGCCGGCUGACGAGUUGCCGGGGGGUAAUGAUGGAAAUGCUGGUUCCGAUGCAGCCAAUAACGCUGCCCCUGAUCUGGUUAAGAUCCCGAACGACGAAUCGAAGAAGGAUGAACGAAGUAAACAAGAGCCGAAACCCCGAAAGCAAAUCAAAAGGUUGACAACCAUGCAACGCGAGUCAGUGUUAGGAAGGAAAACUGGGAAUAUUAAAGAAAUAUAUAGCUUGGGGCGUAAGUUAGGUCAAGGACAAUUUGGCACAACGUUUUUAUGUGUGGAGAAAUGCACUGGGAAAGAGUUUGCCUGCAAAUCCAUUGCCAAGAGGAAGCACCUCGACGACGAUCUGGAUGAUGUUAGAAGGGAAAUUCAUAUAAUGCACCAUUUAUCAGGUCACCCAAAUGUGAUACAAAUCAUUGGUGCUUAUGAAGAUGCUGUGGCUGUUUAUGUUGUUAUGGAGCAUUGUGCUGGUGGGGAGCUUUUCGAUAGAAUUAUUCAGAGAGGGCAUUAUACUGAGAGAAAGGCAGCUGCACUCGCCAGGAUAAUGGCCGCCGUUGUGCAAACAUGCCAUUCUCUUGGUGUUAUGCAUCGUGACCUCAAGCCUGAAAAUUUCCUAUUCGUUAACCAGGGAGAGGAUGCACCACUUAAAGCAAUCGACUUUGGGCUUUCAAUGUUUUUCAAGCCAGGUCAAGUAUUCAAUGAUGUGGUUGGAAGUCCCUAUUAUGUGGCUCCUGAAGUGUUGCUGAAGCACUAUGGUCCAGAAUGUGAUGUUUGGAGUGCUGGAGUGAUCAUUUAUAUUUUACUUUGUGGAGUUCCCCCAUUCUGGGACGAAACAGAGCAAGGGAUAUUUGAGCAGGUUUUGAGAGGCCAACCCGACUUUACAACAGAGCCAUGGCCAAGUAUCUCUAACAGUGCUAAGGACUUGGUUAAACGAAUGCUCGUAAAGGACCCUAAAAAGCGGUUUACAGCCUAUGAAGUUCUUUGUCACCCUUGGGUUCAGGAGGAUGGCAUUGCUCCAGAUCAACCUCUUGAUUCCGCUGUCCUAUCUCGUUUGAAGCAAUUUUCUGCAAUGAACAAGCUGAAGAAAAUUGCCAUCAGGGUCAUUGCUGAUAGCCUAUCAGAAGAGGAAAUUGCAGGCCUGAAAGAAAUGUUUAAGAUGAUAGAUGCAGAUAAUAGUGGGAAUAUCACUCUUGAGGAACUGAAAAUCGGUUUGGAAAAAGUUGGUUCUCAUCUCAGGGAUUCUGAGAUCAAUGGGUUAAUGCAAGCAGCAGAUAUUGAUAACAGUGGUACUAUAGACUAUAGCGAGUUCAUAGCGGCCAUGCUUCAUCUAAACAAGAUCCAAAAAGAGGAUCAUCUUUUUGCAGCUUUUAACUACUUCGACAAAGAUGGGAGUGGCUACAUCACGCCAGAUGAGCUCCAACAGGCCUGUGAGCAGUUUGGCUUGGAAGAUGUUCACUUGGAAGAUGUAAUACGCGAAGUCGACCAGGAUAAUGAUGGACGUAUCGAUUAUAGCGAGUUUGUGGCUAUGAUGCAAGACACAGGUUUAGCCAUACACAAAACAUUCAAACACUGA